UCCGUGGGCGCUGCAGCUGCAGGAUGGUUGGCGGUGGCGGCGCCGGCGGGAAACGCAGGCCCGGCGGGGAGGGGCAGCAGUGUGAUAAGCCCAUCGAUGUGAAGAAGAGUAAACCCUGUGAAGCUGAUGUCCCCAGUGAACUGCGAAAAGAAGUAGAAAAUCAUUAUAAGCUUUCUCUGCCUGAAGAUUUCUAUCACUUCUGGAAAUUCUGUGAAGAACUGGAUCCUGAGAAGCCAUGUGAUUCACUUUCUGCAAGCCUUGGACUUCAGUUAGUGGGCCCUUAUGAUAUCCUUGCCGGAAAACAUAAACUGAGGAAAAAAUCAGCAAGCCUGAAUUUUAACCUUCAUUGGAGAUUUUUUUAUGAUCCUCCAGAGUUUCAGACCAUUAUUAUUGGAGAUCAAAAAACUCAGUACCACAUGGGUUAUUUCAGGGAUUCACCUGAUGAACUUCCUGUAUAUGUUGGAACAAAUGAAGCAAAGAAAAAUUGUGUAAUUAUUCAAAGUGGAGAUAAUGUGUUUGCUGCAGUCAAAUUAUUUCUAAUGAAGAAACUUAAGGAAGUAACAGAUAAAAAGAAAAUUAAUCUCUUGAAAAACAUAGAUGAAAAACUUACCAAAGCAGCCAGAGAAUUGGGGUACUCACUGGAACAAAGAACAAUGAAGAUGAAACAGAGAAAUAAGAAGGUUGUGACUAAGACCUUUCAUGGUGCAGGCUUGGUUGUUCCAGUCGAUAAAAAUGAUGUUGGGUACAGAGAACUUCCUGAAACAGACGCGGACCUCAGGAGAAUCUGCAAGACAAUUGUGGAGGCAGCAAGUGAUGAGGACAGAUUAAAAGCUUUUGCUCCUCUUCAGGAGAUGAUGACCUUUGUGCAGUUUGCUAAUGAUGAAUGUGACUAUGGCAUGGGGCUGGAGUUGGGCAUGGACCUCUUUUGUUACGGAUCCCAUUAUUUUCAUAAAGUCACUGGCCAGCUUUUACCACUUGCAUAUAAUCUGUUGAAGAGGAAUCUCUUCGCAGAAAUCAUUGAAGAUCAUCUGGCAAACAGAAGUAAAGAGAACAUAGACCAGCUUACAGCUUGAGUGAGAACUCAUUACCUUGAUGUACAGGAUUUUAAAGUAUUUCAUAUUAAACGUCUUUUUGUUUUAAAGGAAAAUAAAUAAUAAAUUGGAAUAUUUACUAUGAACUC